GUGUGCGUAACCAUAUGGUACUCGUCGACAGUCUGUCGCGGCCGCCGAGACUCGGUCUCGAGACUCGACCUUCCACCGCAAAACCUUAUUCGUGCCGACGACUCCGGGCGACCAAAGUUUGACACAAUUGAUUAUGCGUGCAUAAAUACCAUACCGAGACCAUAUCGCUACCCUAAAUCCUCCCGCAUCCUUUGAUUACACAGAAGUAUCCAUAACUCACUCGAAGAAAAAAAUACACAGCUACACCGGACUGGUAUGAAAGACAAGAUCAAUUUGGCCUCGUAAUUGUUCAGAAAUGAUUUCCGAGUCCUCUCCAGCACAGUCGUCUCGUAAGCGGGUACCAACCGUCACCCUCAAAACCUUCCUCCGUCCCCCCACGCGGCGCCAAACACUUCCACCAAGCCAGCAGGAUCUUCGGCUCCCUACCCUCGCCCCAGCGCGGGACUUCGCAGUAGCUAAAGCACUGGUGCAGACACUCGCACCAGUCGUCCCUCGGGGCGUCUUCGAGCAGCGCGAGCAUCUUCCCUAUGAUCCUCGCGGCGGCCGCGCUAUCGGACGGCUCGGCGGAGCAGAUGCGGAGGAUCAGAUUACUCCCGCUGAGAGGCCAGGGGCGGUAAGUGCCUCUGCCGUAAGCCUGCCUUGGCAGGAAGCAGGGCGCCUGCUCGUGGAGCAGCGCACGUCGGAAGCGCUCUGGGAGCUUCAUCUGGAGCACGACGUCGACGACGCCGGGCGAGCGCGGUUCGCCGCGCGGCGCCCGCCGGUUCCAGUAGCUGUCGUAGUCGACUUCCUCCUUCGGCGCCUCCGGCGGCGGCACGAACGGAUUGCAGUAGCCCAGCUCCCAGCGCGCGGCGUAGUACAGCACGCCGUGGUAGGGUGCCCAGUGCGUGUCCGCGAGCAGCUGCAGCGCGCGCGUGUUCCCCGCUGCGGCCGCGAAUAGCGCGGCAAAGUCGGAGCGCUCGACGAGCGUCCGUAGGAACCC